AUGACAACGGUGGUGCUUUUCUUUUACACUAGAAUUAAAAAUACAAUAAGAUGCGACUUAUUUGAUUUAAUACCGGAAAUUAUCGAAAAUAUAAUACAAGGUCUUCCAGGAGUUGCUGAAGUAUCCGCUAUCGCUAAGCUAAGCUUUGAGUAUGGUGAAAUCCCAAUGGCUUUUGUUACGAAAGAACCUGGGAUGAAAGUAUCAAAAGAAAAAAUUAUCGAAGCCGUGGAAAAAAAACUUUCAAACGGAGUGAAACUUUUAGGCGGUGUCUGUUUUUUGGAUAAAAUGCCGUUGACACCUUCGAGGAAAAUCGCUAAGAAAGAACUUUGCACCCAUCGCAAAAACAAGUUUUUCGAGAGGUUUAAAGGAAUUGAAAAGAUUAAGUUUUGA